CGCUAUAUAGGGUUUCCCACUACGUAGAAAUACCUGCAACUUUUCAUUUCUCAAUGUAAAAGAUCUCCCUUCUCAUCUCGCUCUCUAGCGCCUCCCUCUUUCUCUCUCUUGUUUCAGAGAGAGGUUAGAGGUUUUUAUCUUGAACAAAAUAGCAAGUUAUCGCGAGUUUUUUCAUUGAAAUAGCUGGUGAUUUUUUAGGUUUUUUCGUACACAGUUUGAGAGAGCAUUUGUGGAGUUUUCCAUUACAGAAACCGUUAUUCUUUCUGAAGAGAUUUGAGGAUUGACCAUCGUUUAUUGCAACUCCUUUUGCUCCAAUAACCAGUGAAGAUCCCCAACUAGUGAGCCUUUUAGGCGCUCUUCUUCAAGAAUAGUUUUUUUCUUAAAGAAACAGGCUAUCUUACAGCUUUUUGUCUCAACAAACCUCACUGGUUCUCUGGUUUAAGCUCGAUUAGAAAGUCGAAGAUCAUUUGGAAGUUUUCUUGAAAAAUUUGUCGAUCUCUCAAUCAUCUGAUCAGAAGGAUAAAACCUCAGCCAUGAUCUCCUUGAAACACUCUGCAGCUCCUGCUGCUUCUCAUCUCAUUCAACAGCGAUCUCCUUUGAAGAACCCAGGUUCAUCUUCCUUUGCCCCUCUUCUCCCCGCCAAACCCUCAAAGUCCUCUAUGUUUACAGGGAAACCCCUCUAUAUCUCUGCAAUUAGAUCACUAUGUGCAUGCACUGAGCAAAAAAGCAGGGGUCUUAAGGUCAAAUGCCAAGCUUAUGAGGCCGAUCGAUCAGAGCCUUUGCGUGAAAUUCACGUCCCUGAUAUACAGCAGAGAUCAGAAGCAGCUCAAAAGCUUAAGAUCGGUAUAUACUUUGCAACAUGGUGGGCUUUGAAUGUUGUGUUCAAUAUAUACAACAAGAAGGUCCUUAAUGCGUUCCCUUACCCAUGGCUCACUUCCACCCUUUCUUUGGCUACUGGUUCAUUAAUGAUGAUUCUUUCAUGGGCCACAAGGAUCGCAGAGGCCCCCAAAACUGAUUUCGAUUUCUGGAAAGCCCUUGCUCCUGUAGCCAUUGCUCAUACAAUUGGGCACGUUGCAGCCACUGUGAGCAUGUCUAAAGUGGCGGUGUCAUUUACUCACAUCAUAAAGAGUGCUGAGCCCGCUUUCAGUGUGUUGGUGUCGAGGUUCCUUUUGGGUGAGACCUUUCCAGUGCCCGUUUAUCUCUCACUCUUGCCCAUUAUAGGAGGAUGUGCCUUAGCUGCUGUUACCGAGCUCAACUUCAAUAUGAUUGGGUUUAUGGGGGCCAUGAUAUCGAAUCUGGCAUUUGUGUUUCGCAACAUAUUCUCAAAGAGGGGGAUGAAAGGGAAGUCGGUUAGUGGGAUGAAUUACUACGCCUGCCUCUCCAUUCUCUCUCUCCUCAUUCUCACUCCUUUCGCCAUAGCUGUGGAGGGCCCCAAGAUGUGGGCUGCUGGCUGGCAAAAAGCGCUCGUAGAUAUUGGUCCGCACUUUGUGUGGUGGGUUGCAGCACAGAGUGUGUUCUAUCACCUGUACAACCAGGUGUCUUACAUGUCUUUGGACGAAAUCUCUCCCCUUACCUUCAGCGUUGGAAACACAAUGAAGAGGAUAUCAGUCAUUGUGUCCUCUAUUAUCAUUUUCCACACCCCAGUUCAGCCCAUCAAUGCCCUUGGUGCUGCCAUUGCCAUCCUUGGCACCUUCUUUUACUCUCAGGCAAAGAGCUAAACUUUGGGACCUAAAUUCUUGGUUCUAAGAGGAGCCAUAGUGGGCAAUGGCGUUCGAUUUUGGCACGGGCUCUACAUCCACCAUCCAUUCUCUUUUGACCCUUCAUACUCUAAAGUCUGUUGUAGAUAUUGUGGUCUCUCGUCCCUUCCUCUUUCCCUCUAAGAAUUUGUUUCCAUAUUUCCAUGAAAUUGCAAUGGUUGUUUGGUAGUGGUUUUGUAUUCAGGAGGCUGAAAUAAGGAAUGCUUUUUGAGGCGGAUCAAUAAUAAUAGAAUCAAUAAACGUGGAAGAGUUUGUUAAUUGACUGCCGUUGUUCGUUCA